GCCCCCUUAUGUAUUCUUCUAAAAGAAGGAAGUGCGGGAUUUUUUUCUCGUCAUUCAUGCUUUUUCAGCAUUUUAGUUAAUGAAUGUCAGAAAAUCCUUGCAAUGUUCUGCUGGGGUGAUCAGAAGGUUAGAUGAAGUUGUGGUCAAUCGUAUAGCUGCAGGGGAAGUAAUUCAAAGGCCAGCAAAUGCUCUCAAAGAAAUGAUAGAAAACAGCCUUGAUGCUAAAUCUACGAAUAUAACAGUGACUGUUAAACAAGGUGGUCUCAAACUGUUACAGAUACAGGACAAUGGUUCAGGAAUCAAGAAAGAUGACAUGAAUAUAGUGUGUGAGAGAUUCACUACCAGCAAAUUAUCAAAAUUUGAAGAUUUGAAUUCCAUAGCAACAUAUGGUUUCCGUGGUGAGGCAUUGGCAAGUAUCAGCCAUGUUGCUCAUGUUACUAUAGUAACAAGAACUGCAGAUUCUAAAUGUGCUUACAGAGGUAGCUAUAUUGAUGGUAAGCUGAAGGAAGCAGUUAAACCAUGUGCUGGUAAUGUAGGAACUCAAAUUACUGUUGAAGAUGUAUUUUAUAACAUAUCUACUAGAAGGAAAGCAUUGAAGAGUCCAGCUGAAGAGCAUGCCAAGAUUGUGGAAGUUGUUAGCAGGUAUGCAGUGCACAAUUGUAAAGUUGGGUUUACUUUAAAGAAGCAUGGAGAAGGAAUGGCUGAUGUAAGGACGCCAAGUAAUUCUACAUACACAGACAAUAUAAGGACCAUCUUCGGACCAGCUGUAGCAAGGGAACUAUUAGAAGUGGAGCAUACAGAUGAGAAGUUGUCCUAUAAAUUACAUGGAUUUGUUACCAAUGCUAACUACAAUGUUAAGAAAGGAACAUUUCUACUGUUUAUAAAUCAUAGACUGGUGGAGUCUAGCUCACUAAAGAAGGCAAUAGAUUUAGUGUACCAGGCCUAUCUUCCUAAACAUACACAUCCAUUCCUUUAUCUCAGUUUAGAGAUUGCUCCUCAAAAUAUUGAUGUUAACGUUCAUCCAACAAAGCAUGAAGUUCGCUUCCUACAUGAGGAUGCUAUCAUCGAGAGUGUUCAGAAGACAAUCGAGACAAAGUUGCUUGGUUGUAAUGUCAGCCGGACCUACUACACUCAGGCGUUGUUACCAGGGGCAACAGUGAUACCAGAACUCUCAAAGGAAGAUGCUAACAAAGACACAGAUUCUGGAAACAAAACGUAUGCCCACCAGAUGGUUCGUACAGACAGCAGAGAACAGAAGCUUGAUGCAUUUUUCAAGCCACCCAAUCAGAAUGCUGAAAAUGAAAAAGAGGCUAAUCAAUCAACCAAUCAGAUUCAGUCUUCUUCAACUGAUUCAACGGAAGCACCAAUGGAAACAGAGAUGACAUCUACUUCUAGCUCAGAUAAAAGUAAGAUAAAUCUACCACAGUGUGGAAGUCAGCCAAAAAGACGUGAUAUAAAGUUGGCUAGUGUCCUUGACCUACAGAAACAAAUAAAAGAAAAUUUACAUUCAGGUUUACGAGAGAUGUUUUCCAAUCAUGUUUUUGUUGGCUGUGUUGACAAAGAAUUCUCCCUCAUGCAACAUCAAACAAAACUUCUUCUUACAAAUACAAGCAAACUUAGUGAGGAACUGUUUUAUCAACUGUUUAUCUUUGAUUUUGGAAACUUUGGUCUUCUCAGGUUAUCAGAACCAGCCCCCAUAUAUGACCUUGCCAUGAUGGCCCUUGACCUUGAAGAAUCAGGGUGGACUGAUGCAGAUGGACCAAAAGAGGACCUUGCGGAAUAUAUUGUUAAUUUUUUGAAGUCAAAAUCAGAGAUGCUUCAAGAUUAUUUCUCUAUAGAAAUUGAUCAGAAAGGAUAUCUUCACACUUUACCCCUGGUGCUUGAUGAUUAUAUACCUGACCUAGAGGGACUGCCUAUGUUGGUUUUGAGACUUGCAACUGAGGUGGACUGGGACGCAGAGAAAGAAUGUUUUGAAAGUUUUUCUCGGGAAAUGAGCAGUUUUUAUGCCAUAAAGAAAAGUUUAUUUGCCAGUACAGAUGAAAACUCUGAACAAAAGCCAGAGAAUGAUCCAAAGAACAGAUCAUCUUGGAAAUGGACGGUGGAGCAUGUUAUAUUUCCUGGUUUGAGGAAUCUCUUUUACCCUCCCAAACAUUUUGCAGAGGACUCUAGUGUGUUACAGAUUGCUAACCUGCCUGAUUUAUAUAAAGUUUUUGAAAGAUGCUGAUUUUUGGAAUUUCAUGUUGAAAACUAAUUAACUGUGCAAGACAUGUGAUUAUUUAAGAUUACAAUAUAGUGGGAUAUAUUCCGAGUUAAUUAUGCCCCCAUAACUUAGGUUAGGGGUCGGCUGGGGAGAAUAUAGAUAUGUUGUUGUUCAUCUGUCUGUCAGGAUGUUCUUCAGUAGACUUUGAUGAUAGUAGGAUGUGGGGGCAUCUGGGUUUUGUGAACAUAUAUCUGGAUUGUUCUUUAAUUUUGUUGAAUAAUGGUGGUUUUUUGUUAAACCCUUUGGAAUAACAGAAAGGAUGAAUAGAAAAGUUAGAAAAUACAAU